AUUUUGAGAGACGUCCAAACCUUAGAGCCUUUCGGAGAGAAACUAUGAAUGAAUCAAGAAAUGUACAUCAUGCAUCAAAAUAUAAAAAGAGUUAUGUUGGGAUACCUCCAUGGCUAAAUGAUAUGUACAACAGCAUAUACUUCAGUACUUGCAUCAUGCAUCAAGAUGCGAAGAAGAACGAUUUGGACCACUUUUGCAUAGAUUGCCGUCGGUCUCUGUGUUCAAAUUGUCUUUACGCACACAUGCAUCACAAUUAUGUUAAGAUUCGGAGAUACGUUUACAAUGAUGUUAUUAAUCGGCAAGACUUGUGCAACCUCUUCAACUGUUCCGGGAUACAGUCAUAUCAUACAAAUAGAGCCAAAGUGGUAUUUUUGAAGCCAAGAACUCACCGGCACCACCAACAGCAGAAGCAGAGCAAUUUAAAGGACCAUAGGUGUACCAUCUGUAAUAGGACUCUACAAAAUAAUUCACUCUAUUGCAGUGUAGCAUGCAAGGUUUUAGCCUUACAUGAUAAUCAAACAAAUGAGAAAAAUGAAGACCUAGACAAUGUAACAUUUGGAGACAGAAAAGACCUCGCAGAAUCAACCAAGAGGAGGAAACUAAGGAGGAAAGCAGCCCCUUUGAGGGCCCCAAUGUUUUAAUCAAGUCCUCAUGAUAGGAACAUACUUACAUGUAUCAUUAUUUCUAAUAUGUAAUUGUAAGACUGUAACUUCUUUGCAUUCAGUAUUCCAUUUUUCCUUCUAGUUAAUGUUGAGUGUAACCUGGAUAUUAGAAUAAUAUUGAUGGUCAUUUUGAUGCCUAAGCAUUGUUUUGCUACCUUAUUUCAUCUAGAAAUUCAAUUUGUUGCCAA